GCCUCCUGCGAUGGAUGAUGUUACCAUCUGUGACCCGUUUGAGCUUUACAACCUCCUCAACCAGCGCCGCUGCAUGUCGAGGCUGGCAGAGAUCAACUACCUCUGUCUCGUUGAUGCCCGUGAAAGACAAGACUACUCGAUAGGUCACCUCAUCACAGCGAGAAGAGCAAAAAUGGAUUGUGAUGGAAGGUUCCUGCUGCCGGAGGGGGUGGAAGUGGACAGCAUGCAGCACGUGGUGGUCUAUGACCUCGACACAAGCUCGUUACAAGAACAAGGCAGAGCGGUGGACUGUGCCCAGGUUCUGGCCGAGACCAGCCUCCAUCCUGUCCGGAUAGUGAAGGGAGGCUUCAAGAGAUUCUCCGUUCUCUACCCGUUUCUAACCACUGAGAAGAUCCUUUACACCAUCAUGGAGCUUGAAAACCUCCUGAUUUAUCCAGUGGAGAUAAUAGCAGGACAGCUGUUUAUGGGCGACCAGGCGCAAAGCGAGGACGCCGGGAUUCUCAAGGACCUGAAAAUCAGCGCCAUCGUCGACAUCUCUGACGUUGCAGAGAUUAACUCAUCAGAUACGAUAGGACACCAGCGCGUCCUGAAGGUUUCUGUGACCGACUCUGUCGAGUCUGACUUGUACUCAAGUUUUCCAAAGAUCUGCACUUUCAUCGAUUCACACAUCAGCGUGGGAUCUCGCGUCCUGGUAGUUUCCAGUAAGGGGAGGAGUCGCUGCAGCGCCGCGACCGUCGCCUUCAUCAUGCACCACCUGAAAUACUCGCUGGAGGAGGCCUGCAGGUACAUGCUCAGAUGUAAACCCACCAUGAGGCCCAACACUGGAUUCCUGCAGCAGCUGUGUGACUGGGAGGUCCACGCCACCGGAGUGAAAAGCACUGAUUUAUCCAAGUUAGGUCUCUAA